AAACUUCAACAGCUGUCACUUCAUUCGUGAAAGACAACAACAAAAACUAAAAUUUUCAUUUUCUCUACUUUUUUCGUAAUUUCCGGCACGUAUUCCGCUACAAUUCAACGGUUUGCGGUGCGCGGACACUUUUCCGUGUGUGCCCCUUCAAAUUGCACCAAAAACAGAAUGGAAUUCGAGCAAGAGCAGCCGGAGCAAGUCCCGGCGGAGGCGGAUCCACCACCGGCCACGUCUGCACCUGCGAUUAAAGCCUGCGGGCUGUGCCUGUGCAAGAACUCGUCCAUCACGCCGGUCGGUCCGGAGGACGACGCGAUGCGCCAGAAGGUGGACAAGAUCUUCUACUUCCAGAUCGUCCGAGGGCGCGGAGCAGAGGGUUUGAUUUGUGAGACGUGCCGCGAAACGGUUGACGGGUUCUACGAGUACGCGGAGCAGGUGCUGCGUAACCAGCAAUUUCUGCGCUCGACGAUGGUCGCGUCGGGGUCGGGGUUGAGUACGGACGGAGGCGCGACGAUCAAGCAGGAGUUUAUUAAGCACGAGCCGGACGAAACGGAGUGGGUCGGGGUGGACACUUAUUGUGAAACGCGGAUUCAGGGCGAUCAGGAUUGGGUGCUGGAUGAUGGGGAGGAGGAAGAGGAUGGGGAGGGUGACGUUACGGAUUCAAUUAGUGAGGGUGAGGGCGAAGAGGGGACGGAGUUUGUGCAGGACGUUAAACCGAAGCGGAAGUAUACGAAGAGGAAGGACCGGUUGAUGGCUAAGAAACCAAAAAUUAUCAAGAAGGAACAGGAUUUGGAUAAUCCGCCGAUUGACAAGCUGGUUCUGCAGCACUACAAGCUGUCGUGCGAUGUUUGCGCGGAACCGCUGGAAGAUUUCACCGAGCUGCGGAAGCACUACAAGUACGUACACAACGAGCCGGGCUAUCUCAAGUGUUGCAACAAGAAGAUCUACAAAAAGUGCUGGAUGAUUGAGCACAUUCAACUGCAUUUGAAUCCGGACGCGUUCCAUUGUGCACUUUGUAACAAAAGUUACAGCUCGAGCAAAGUUCUUAAAGAACACACCAAAGAGGUCCACGCGCCGGAAGAGAACCGCCACUUCAAGUGCGAAACCUGCUUCAAACCGUUCGUGUCCAACGCCCAUCUCAACGCCCACAUCAUGGUCGCGCACGGUUCCGUGCCGUGUCCUCAAUGUCCCAAAGUCCUCGCUUCGCAAGGUUCCCUCAAGAAGCACCUCGUGGCGAUGCACGGCGAAGGCGAACAGCACGUUUGCGACGUCUGCGCGCGCGUCUUCCGCUCCAAGCAGUGCUUCGAAACCCACGUCCAGGGCCACCUCGGGACGCGCCUCGACAACAAGGUCCAGUGCAGCGUCUGCUCCGUCUGGCUCACCGACAAGUACUGCCUCACCAAACACAUGCGCCGCAUGCACGUCGAAGAAAUAGCGCUGUCGUGCGAGCUGUGCGGCAAGCAGGUCCGCAACCAGGACGCCCUCAACUGCCACGUGCGCCGGGCGCACACCGAAAGCCGCUACGAGUGCGAUAUGUGCAAGAAGAAGUUCAAGCGGCCGCACCACAUGAGAGAACACAUUGCGAUCCACCACACCGGCGAGGACAUUUACAGCUGCAACCACUGCACGGAGCGGUUCAACACGAAAAACAAGCAGUACCUGCACCGGAAGACGGCCCACCCGGUCGAGUACGAGGCCGAGAUGCGCAAGCGGAUGAUGAAGGAUGCGUGAGGGGGUGAAAUGGUUGGGUAUUGUGUCAAAGAAUUGGCAGGAAUCUUUAUUCCGAAAGUAUUUGUGUCGGGGAAAAAACUAUUUCUUACUGAG